UCACGGUCGAUAACAAGUUGAAAUUGUGUCAUACCCACAAAUGCGGAAUGUGGCAGAUGAAGUAUCUCACUGGUUCACAGCAUCCUGUGUAUGCCGUACCGGGAGCAGCCGACCGUCAGGUGGCAGUCUUAAUGAAGGACCUCUUUCACCUUUUCUUAUCUACGUACAUAAUCGCAGCAAAUCUACUCAACUACAAAAAAGAAAACGAAGAAGUGUUAUGCAAGCGUCGAAGCAGGGUAGUUAGAGAACAAAUCGGAGAAUAUCAAGGGGA